AUGAAAGCUGGAACUCUCUGUAACACUGUUCGACAGCGGACAUUAAGUGACAUAUACCCACAAGUUAUAACACAAAUGGAACCAGCUAUGUCUGAAAAAUUGAGAUUUUUUAUUUUAUUGCAGUCUGAGCCCUUAAACCUGCAACUACAAUAUUACACCCCGGACAGUGGACCAGUCUAUGAUGGUGUAAAAGGAAAUUUAACUGGUAAAAUUUAUGGAAGAGUUCGCCUAGCUAAUGAGGACCGUUGCUGUUACAAUACUUCGCAUGAAAUACUUGAAAGUAUUGAUCAACAUAUAAUUAGCGAACACUUAAAAAUGUCAGCUGUCCUUAAUCCAAUUGCUCGUCAAUGUCCUGAUUGUGCUAAAGAUAUAAAUAUUGCAUGUUUCUUUGUCUGUCGAAGUAAACGACAAGGAUGGAAACAUUAUAUUCGUAAAAGCUGCUGUCGACUGAACGACGAAAUGUUACCUGGUAAUUGGACUAAGCUGACAUUAAAAGACUUGAUUGACAAAUUGAAAAACUAUUCAUCAUAG